AGGGCGUUGUUUGUUGCUGUUACCUCUGUACCACACCUCUUUCCCUUCACGUUCACGGCUUCAUGAGCAAGAUUCCCCCAAAACGAACUCUACCGUCUAAAGAAGCUACUCUCUUUAAGGAACUUUUGACAUUGUACGAAACUCGGCAAUUGAAAAAGGGCAUCAAAACCUCAGAUCAAAUACUGAAGAAAAUUCCUGAACAUGGCGAAACAUUGUGCAUGAAAGGGCUCAUACUCACACAUAUGGGAAGACGCGAUGAAGGAAUAGAGAUGGUAAAGAAGGGUGUUAGAUUAGAUUUAACCUCCCAUAUCGUUUGGCACGUUUUCGGGCUGAUACAAAAGGGCGAAAAAAACUAUGAAGAGGCUCUAAAAUCAUAUACCCAGGCGUUGAAGUUCGAUAAAGAAAAUCUGAACAUUCUUCGCGACGCAGCACAGUUGCAAACUCAUCUUCGACUUUACGACGGCCUUGUGGAGACGCGGUAUAAACUUCUUAGAAUGCGACCGAUGCUGAGGCAAAAUUGGAUCGCCCUGGCAGUCGCCUAUCAUCUUGGUGGAAAUCUUUUGGAGGCGAAGAAAGUCCUGGAGAAUUAUGAGAGGACGCUCAAGAACUUACCGGACUACGAUAUCGAGCAUUCGGAAACCUUGGUGUACCAUGUACGGCUUCUGGAAGCACUAGGAGAGUGGUCGGAUGCGUUAUCAUUACUCGAUACCAAUGCUAAAGAGAGGGCAAUAGUAGACAAGACGGCUAUAAUGGAAUUCAGAGCUCGUCUUACUUCCAAACUUGGGUCCUCGGACGCAGAACACUCAUGGCGUGUUCUCAUCGAACAUAAUUCAGAAUGUUAUGAUUAUUACCAUGGUUAUCUUUCGAAUCUCGGCAUCAACCUCUCCACUCACCCAGCUCAAGCCCUCAAGGUCCUUCAAGAUUUUGCCGUUCAGCUACCAAAGGCCACCGCUCCAAAACGUUUAUCUUUAACAAUAGCUCCUGCGUCUUUCGCAGGUGAUGACAGUAUUCUCAGCUUCUACAACCUCGCUCGCGCCUACCUUGUCGCUGGAUUGACGAAAGGUAUACCCUCACUAUUCGCGGACAUCAAGUCCCUCUACAGUGACCCAGAGAAGCUCCAAAUCAUCCAGGAUAUUGUGGAACAAGCCAAAGAAGACAAUACUCCUCCCACAGAUCCUUCUUCUUCAACUUCCCCAUCGACAUCAGAACCGAUAACAUAUCUUUGGACCUUAUAUUACCUCGCGCAGCAUUACUCCUACCUCUCGCAACACUCAAAAGCCCUAUCCCUUCUCGACGUUGCUCUAGCUCACACACCCACUUUGCCCGAACUGUACAUGCUCCGUGCACGUAUUUUCAAGCGUGCGGGAGACCCAAUUAGAGCUGCGGGAGCGAUGGAGGAGGCAAGAGCCUUGGAUGGUCAGGAUCGCUUCCUUAACACUAAGAGCGGAAAAUACUUGCUCAGGGCCGGAAGACCGGAGGAGGCUGAGAAGGUCUUUGGGUUAUUUACGAAAAAAGAUGCCACCAGUCCAGGGAGCGACUUGCAAGAUAUGCAGUCGUUACUCUAUCUACUAGAGCAAGCAGAUGCGCAAUACAGAAGCGGAAGGCUGCAUUUGGCACUCAAAAAGUAUAUCGUUGUUCAAAAGAUAUUCGAUGAAUUCGACGAUGACCAGUACGACUUCCACGGUUACUCGCUGCGUAAAUUUAAUAUCAUUAUCUAUCUCAAUUUAUUGGAAUGGGAAGAUCGUCUUCGGUCCAAUGUCGCCUACAUUAAAGCCGCAACCUCCGCUAGCCGUAUCUUCGUUGCGGUGCACGAUGAUCCCAGUCUGAAAACACCAGCGUCGUCUUUGAAACUCUCAGAUAAAGCCAAAAAGAAAGCGAAGAAAGCUGCGCAAAAAAUUGAGGAGGUAAAGAAAGCUGCUGCGAAUGCCAACUCAAACGAAGACAAGGGCCUCGAACCGAGUCCAGCCAAAGACGAGGACCCCGACGGCCUCAAGCUCUUAGCGUGCGAGGAUCCGCUUGAAAGAGCCGCAAAGCUAUUGCAACCCCUCGUUGAAUUGGAUGUGCAAGAUGUAGAUGUCCUGGGUUGCGUGUACGAUGUUGCUGUCAGACGAGACAAACUCCUACAAGCUAUCCAGGCAUUGAACCGGGCUCGGAAACUUGCCAAGGACCAUCCAGAAGUUCAUUUCAGAGUCGCGCAUGCACGGAAAUUAGCGUCUUCGUUACCUGCACAGUCAUCCUCCCCGUCUUCCGUUGAUCCAAUCCGGGUAUUCAAGGAUGAAGUAGACAGGAUACUCCCGCCAGAAGUUUCACUGAUGACGUUCAAUUCGCAAUACCUCCAACAACACUCGGGAUCUUGUCAAGCUAUACUAGCUGCAUCCAGGGUAUUGAGUAAGGUGCUCGAAUCCCCGACAGAUGAGGCGGAGGGGGUUGCGUUUAUGACGCUGAGUACCGCUGAGGAUGUGAAGCUCGAUGUCAAGACUGCCCUCGAUGUUAUAGCGUUCUUGCAAUCAAUCAAGUCAACACGCGUUGAAGAGUACAGGAAAGCUUGUGAUGGACGAUUUGAACUAGCGACGGUUUUCAAGACAUCCGAGGAGCGAGAAAAGCUAGCUGAAGAGAUCUUUACAUUAACACGGGAAGGUAGUAGCAAUAGUGUUAAUGUUGAGCCCGAAGCAGAGCUCGGUUCAUAGGGAGUAUAUCGCAGUCAAUCUCCCAAAUGUGUGAAGGGAAAGAGUUGAUUUCUUUAAUAGUCUUUCGUCCGAGGCAGGGAAACAAUACAAAGUUAACCAUGCAAUCAAUGCAGUCAUAACA